ACCCGACCCGAGCCGCAGCUAAGUUAUCUAGUGUAGUCAACACUCAACAGCACAGACACUGCUUUAUAGCUCCAUCCAUUUCUUCCCCUUCCGAUCAAACCUACCCACCAUUACCAAGAUGAAGACCCACCACGGUCCAAAUUUACCGGUCAUAUUCCUCCUCCUCGCCCUCUUCACACUUCUCCCACUGAAUCCAGCCGCCGGAGCCGACGCCAGUACCCUCACUUACCUGUGGCCCCUCCCCGCCGACUUCGAUUCCGGCGAGCAGACUCUCUCCGUUGACCCCGACCUUGCCCUAGUCGGCGAUGGAAACGGCGGCAAGUCGGCGAUCGUCAAGGACGCCUUUGACAGGUACAAGGGGAUUAUAUUCAAGCGCGGCGGGAGCGGCAGCAGGCGGUCCUUGGCCUUGGAGAGGUUUGCUGGUGGUCGGAAGGCGAAACGAUCGGCCAGCUACGAUAUUGCAGGGCUGAAAAUCGUGGUGCAUUCAGAGAGCGAAGAGCUUGCGCUAGGAGUGGAUGAGAGCUACAAGCUAUUUAUAGGGAAGAGUGAUGGGCAGUCCAUUAUAUGGGAAGCUACUAUCGAGGCGAAUACCAUCUAUGGGGCGUUGCGGGGUUUGGAGACUUUCAGCCAGUUGUGUAUAUUUGACUAUGGAACCAAAUCUGUACAAAUACACAAGGCUCCAUGGUUCAUUCAAGACAAGCCAAGGUUUGAUUACCGUGGGAUGAUGAUUGACACGUCAAGGCACUAUUUGCCGGUUGCUGUUAUCAAGCAGAUCAUUGAAUCCAUGUCCUAUGCCAAAUUUAAUGUUCUGCAUUGGCAUAUCAUAGAUGAGCAGUCAUUUCCUCUGGAAGUGCCAUCAUAUCCGAAAUUGUGGAAAGGUUCAUAUUCAAAUUGGGAGCGCUACACUGUUGAGGAUGCAUAUGAAAUUGUUAAUUACGGAUCUGGCCUAUAUAAAGAGAUUCAACAAGUAUUCCUGCUGCCUAAUCUUGUCUUUCCAUAUGAUGCAGGCAUCAAUGUAAUGGCCGAAGUAGAUGUCCCUGGUCAUGCAGAAUCAUGGGGAGUUGGAUACCCUGAUCUUUGGCCUUCUUCCUCCUGUAGAGAGCCACUGGACGUUACAAAGAAUUUUACCUUUGAUUUGAUAUCAGGGAUGCUGUCAGACAUGAGGAAAAUUUUCCCUUUCGGCCUCUUCCACUUGGGCGGAGAUGAAGUUAACACAGAUUGCUGGAGUUCCACCCCUCAUAUUAAGAAAUGGCUUGCGGAGCGGAACUUGACGACAAAAGGUGCAUAUGAGUAUUUUGUACUCAAAGCUCAAGAAAUAGCAAUUUCAAAAGGUUGGACCCCAGUCAACUGGGAAGAGACAUUCAAUGCAUUUCCAUCAGGCCUCAACCCAAAGACCAUAGUGCAUAAUUGGUUGGGUGGAGGAGUUUGUCCAGCGGCGGUUGCUAAAGGUUUUAGAUGCAUAUUUAGCAACCAAGGUUUCUGGUACCUUGACCACUUGGAUGUUCCUUGGGAGGAUGUUUAUACAGCAGAUCCAGUUGAAGGGAUCUUUGAUGCCUCCAAGCAGAAGCUUGUCAUUGGUGGAGAAGUUUGCAUGUGGGGUGAGACUGCUGAUACCUCCGAUGUCCUGCAAACAAUUUGGCCACGAGCUGCUGCUGCUGCAGAGCGGUUAUGGAGCAAGAAAGAAGACAUAUCUGGGAACAUUACGCUAACUGCAUUACCGCGGUUGCACUACUUCAGAUGCCUAUUGAACAGGCGCGGAGUUGCAGCUGCUCCAGUCAAUAACAAAUAUGCCAGGCAACCUCCAAUCGGCCCAGGUUCAUGCUAUUUGCAAUGAUCCCAUGUGGCGGCUUCCUGUAUUCAUGCAAGGAUUGUGCUAUAACGAUCUUUAUGUUUGUAAAAAUUCCAUUUGUUCAACUUUACGGUUCUUCUUCUAGUAUCCUGUUGUUGUAAUUUAUUUAUUAAGGAAUCGGGUUAACCAAUUUCUGCUCCUAGUUGAACUUACUUGCCUUCCAUUUGAGAUCAUGGUCACUCCUAAUUAGGUUUCUACUCUGCUCUCUCCGGUGUGGAUUGUUAUCUGUGAAUGUCUCUGAAAGUGUUUAGUUUGGUUAUCAGCAAAGGUGACAAGUGAGUCUGCUGAGCUAACCUGUCUACUAAUCCAGGAAAUAGUUGCACUGAACGCUAGACUUUUUGACGAGGAAGAGACA